AUGCCGAGCAGCUCGGACACGGCGCUGGGGGGAGGCGGGGGCCUGAGCUGGGCGGAGAAGAAGUUGGAGGAACGCCGCAAGCGGAGGCGAUUCCUGUCCCCUCAGCAGCCGCCGCUGCUGCUGCCGCUCCUGCAGCCGCAGCUCCUGCAACCGCCGCCGCCCCCGCCGCCUCUGCUCUUCCUGGCUGCCCCCGGCACGGCCGCCGCCGCCGCAGCCGCCGCCGCCGCCGCGGCCUCCUCCUCUUGCUUCAGCCCGGGCCCCCCUCUGGAGGUCAAGCGGCUGGCGAGAGGCAAGAGGCGCCCCGGAGGGCGGCAGAAGCGGCGCCGCGGGCCCCGCGCCGGGCAGGAGGCGGAGAAGCGCCGGGUCUUCUCGCUGCCGCAGCCGCAGCAGGACGGCGGGGGCGGCGCGGGCAGCGGCGGGGGUGUGACCCCGCUGGUGGAGUACGAGGAUGUGAGCUCGCAGUCCGAGCAGGGGCUGCUGCUGGGGGGCGCCGGCGCGGCCGCGGCCCCGGCCCCGGCCCCCGCCUCGGCGGCGGCGGCAGCGGCAGCAGCAGCAGCGGCGCCCGCGGCUGCCGGGGGGACGGGGGGCAGCGGCGGGAGUCCGGCCUCCUCCUCCGGCACCCAGCGGCGGGGGGAGGGCUCCGGGUCGGGGUCCGGGCGCAGGCCCCGCCGGGACCGCCGCCGCAGCAGCGGCCGCAGCAAGGAGCGCCACCGCGAGCACCGGCGGCGGGACGGGCAGCGCGCGGGCAGCGGCGGCGGCGGCGGCGGCGGCGAGGCCUCCAAGUCCCGCAGCCGCCACGGCCACGGCGGCGAGGAGCGGGCCGAGGCCGCCAAGAGCGGCAGCAGCAGCAGCAGCGGCGGCCGCCGCAAGAGCGCCUCGGCCACGUCCAGCAGCAGCAGCGGCCGCAAGGACCGCGACGCCAAGGCUCGCCGGAGCCGGACUAAGUCGUCCAAGGAGCCGCCCUCCGCCUACAAGGAGCCGCCCAAGGCCUACCGCGAGGACAGGACCGAGCCCAAGGCCUACCGGCGGCGGCAGCGCUCCCUGAGCCCCCUGGGCGGCCGGGACGACAGCCCGGUGUCGCACCGGGCCUCGCACGGCCUGCGGAGCCGCAAGUCGCCCAGCCCCGCGGGGGGCGGCAGCCCCUACUCGCGGCGCCGCUCGCCGAGCCCCUACAGCCGCCGCCGCUCGCCCAGCUACAGCCGCCACAGCUCGUACGAGCGCGGCGGCGACGUGUCCCCCAGCCCCUACAGCAGCAGCAGCUGGCGGCGCUCCCGGAGCCCCUACAGCCCGCCCAUCAGACGGUCUGCCAAAUCCCGAAGCAGAAGCCCAUAUUCAUCUAGGCAUUCAAGAUCUCGUAGUAGGCACAGAUUGUCUAGAUCCAGAAGUCGUCAUUCUAGCAUUUCCCCUAGCACACUAACUCUGAAGAGUAGCCUGGCAGCUGAAUUGAACAAGAAUAAAAAAGCACGAGCUGCAGAGGCAGCAAGAGCUGCAGAGGCAGCGAAAGCUGCAGAGGCAGCCAAGGCUGCUGAGGCCGCUGCCAAAGCUGCCAAAGCCUCAAACACUUCUACACCGACCAAGGCGAACACAGAAACUGGUGCCAGCGCAUCACAGACAAACCAUGUGAAGGAUGUGAAGAAACUUAAGACUGAGCCUGCACCUUCUCCCUCAAGUGGUGGAACUUUAAAAAAUGACAAGGCAAAAACAAAGCCACUUAUUCAGGUAACAAAGGUGGACAAUAAUUUGAUUGUAGAUAAAACCACCAAGAAAGCAGUUGGGAAGGAGAGUAAAUCUGCUGCUAUAAAGGAGGAACCAGUAUCUCUUAAAGAGAAAACCAAACCACUUACACCAAGCACAGGAGCCAAGGAGAAGGAACACCAUGUGGCUCUAGUGACCUCUACAUUACCACCAUUACCUUUGCCUCCAAUGCUGCCUGAAGAUAAAGAUGCUGAUAGCUUACGAGGAAAUAUUUCUGUAAAAGCGGUUAAAAAAGAAGUAGAAAAGAAAUUACGAUGUCUACUUGCUGAUUUACCACUGCCCCCUGAGCUACCAGGAGGAGAUGAUCUCUCAAAGAGUCCAGAGGAAAAGAAAACAACAACACAGUUACAUAGUAAAAAGAGGCCUAAAAUAUGUGGGCCUCGCUAUGGUGAAAUCAAAGAAAAAGAUAUUGACUGGGGAAAACGAUGCGUGGAUAAAUUUGAUAUCAUCGGAAUUAUUGGAGAAGGAACCUAUGGACAAGUUUACAAGGCCAGGGAUAAAGACACUGGAGAAAUGGUUGCCUUAAAAAAAGUACGUCUAGAUAAUGAAAAGGAAGGCUUUCCGAUUACAGCAAUUCGAGAAAUUAAAAUUCUUCGGCAGCUUACUCAUCAGAGUAUUAUCAAUAUGAAGGAGAUAGUUACCGAUAAAGAAGAUGCUUUGGAUUUUAAGAAGGAUAAAGGUGCAUUUUAUCUGGUAUUUGAAUAUAUGGACCAUGAUCUGAUGGGACUACUGGAAUCAGGCUUGGUUCAUUUUAAUGAAAAUCACAUAAAGUCAUUUAUGAGACAGCUCAUGGAAGGUCUGGAUUAUUGUCAUAAGAAGAACUUUUUGCAUAGGGAUAUUAAAUGUUCAAAUAUUCUUCUAAAUAAUAGAGGGCAGAUAAAACUUGCAGAUUUUGGACUCGCUCGAUUGUAUAGCUCAGAAGAAAGUCGGCCGUACACUAACAAGGUCAUCACUUUAUGGUACCGUCCACCUGAACUGCUGUUGGGAGAAGAACGGUAUACACCGGCGAUUGAUGUGUGGAGCUGUGGAUGUAUCCUUGGUGAACUCUUCACUAAAAAACCCAUAUUUCAAGCAAAUCAGGAACUUGCACAGCUAGAAUUAAUAAGCCGUAUAUGUGGGAGUCCAUGUCCUGCAGUGUGGCCCGAUGUGAUCAAACUACCGUAUUUCAACACCAUGAAACCAAAGAAGCAAUAUCGUCGAAAGUUAAGAGAAGAAUUUGUUUUUAUUCCUGCAGCUGCACUAGACUUAUUUGAUUACAUGCUGGCCUUGGAUCCUAGUAAGCGCUGCACUGCAGAGCAAGCUCUUCAGUGUGAGUUCCUACGGGAUGUGGAACCCUCAAAAAUGCCCCCACCAGACCUUCCUUUAUGGCAAGACUGCCAUGAGUUGUGGAGUAAAAAGCGAAGAAGACAGAAGCAAAUGGGCAUGACUGAUGAUGUUUCCACAGUUAAAGCCCCCAAAAAGGACUUGUCUCUGGGCUUGGAUGACAGCAGAACGAACACACCCCAGGGUGUGCUGCCAACUUCACAACUGAAAUCUCAGGGCAACUCGAAUGUGGCACCUGUAAAAACAGGCCCUGGACAGCAGUUAAACCACACUGAAUUGGCAAUUUUACUAAACCUACUACAAUCUAAAACAAGUAUUAAUAUGGCUGAUUUUGUUCAAGUGUUGAACAUUAAGGUAAACUCUGAGACUGAACAACAGCUAAAUAAAAUAAACCUUCCUGCUGGAAUUUUGGCAACAGGUGAAAAACAGACAGAUCCAUCAACACCACAACAGGAGUCUUCAAAACCGUUGGGAGGAAUUCAGCCUUCUGCUCAGAGCGUCCAGCCGAAAGUGGAAGCUGAUGCUGCCCAGGCGGCCGUGCAGAGUGCAUUUGCAGUUCUGUUGACUCAGUUAAUAAAGGCUCAGCAGUCAAAGCAGAAAGAAGUGCUACUAGAGGAAAGGGAAAACGGAUCGGGCCAUGAAGCAGCAUCGUUACAACUCAGACCGCCUCCAGAACCUAGCACUCCGGUGUCGGGGCAAAAUGAUCUCAUUCAGCACCAAGACAUGAGGAUGUUGGAGCUCACCCCAGAACCAGAGCGGCCUCGUAUUCUGCCUCCUGAUCAGCGCCCUCCGGAACCACCUGAACCACCACCAGUCACUGAAGAUGACCUGGAUUAUCGGACAGAAAACCAGCACGUUCCUGCCACUGGUUCUUCACUGACCGACCCUCAUGCCGGAGUGAAAGCAGCCCUGCUACAGCUGCUUACUCAGCACCAACCCCAGGAGGACCCCAAAAGAGAAGGUGGUAUUGACUACCAGGCAGGUGAUACUUAUGUACCCCCUUCAGACUACAAGGACAAUUUUGGAUCCUCUUCUUUCUCUUCUGCUCCUUAUAUUAGUAAUGAUGGUCUAGGAGGUGGCUCUGCGCUACCACUGGAACGACGUAGCUUCCUUGGAAACUCAGAUAUUCAGCCUUUGGACACCUACAGUAACACUUCAUCUCAUUCUGGUGGUCCACCUCAGCCUCCUGCCUUUUCCGAGUCGUUUCCCACUUCAGUGGCUGGCUAUGGAGACAUUUACCUCAACACUGCUCCCAUGCUGUUUAGUGGAGACAAGGACCACAGAUUUGAAUAUAGCCAUGGCCCCAUUGCAGUCCUGGCGAACAGCAGUGACCCUUCCACAGGGCCAGAGAGUACUCAUCCUUUGCCAGCAAAGAUGCACAACUAUAACUAUGGUGGUACCUUACAGGAAAACCCGGGGGGCCCCAGCCUCAUGCACGGACAGACCUGGACUUCUCCUGCCCAAGGACCUGGCUACUCACAAGGAUACAGGGGACACAUUAGCACGUCAGCCGGCAGGGGUCGAGGCAGAGGGCUGCCAUACUGA